CAAAUCAAAAUAUGUAAAUAUGAGCAAUAAUUUCUUAUCUGCAUCGUCUACCUGAAGAAAAAUUAUAAAUAUUUUUUAAAAAAUAAAGUAAUACAAGAAAUCCCUAACAAUGGGUGCUCUUUUUGGUAAAAGUAAAAAGCCACAAAGUAGAAUUACAGAUCAAGAUCGUGUUGUACUGCAAUUAAAAACACAAAGAGACCGUCUCAAACAAUAUCAAAAACGAAUUGAAUUAAAUCUUGAAAAAGAUCGUGAAGAAGCUAAAAAAUGUCUACAAAAAGGUCGAAAAGAACGAGCAAAAUUGCUUUUACGAAAAAAGAAAUACCAAGAAAAACUCCUUGAAAACACCGAUGUUCAAUUGGAAAACCUUGAAAAACUCGCUGCCGACAUUGAAUUUGCCCAAAUCGAAGCUGACAUUGUCAACAAGCUGAAAAUGGGCAAUGAAGCUCUUAAAGCCGCCAAUGAAUUGAUGAACAUUGAAGAAAUUGAAAACAUUAUGGACGAAACACGAGAAGGAGCCGAAAAGCAAAAGGAAAUCGAUACAAUUUUAUCAGGAACUCUUACAGACCAAGACGAAGAAGAUGUCCUGGCUGAAUUGGAUGAUUUAGUGAAUGCUGACGAAGCUGAAAAGCAAGCCAACACCAACAUUCAGCUGCCUGAAGUACCUACAGAUGAGCCUGAACCUGUUGCCGACGACGACGAAAAGGUAGCAGAUGAGGAACCAGAGAAAGUCAAAGAGAAGCCAAAACGAAUCCUGGUUGAAGCUUAAAAACUAUAUAUUUUGUAUUAAUUUUUUUAUAACGUCUAAGUCUAGAGAUGUGUGUAUUUGCAAAUGAAAAUAAAUUAGUUUUUAGAAAAAACGCAUCCACCUUGA